AUGGUGAUGGCCUUGUCGAAGGGUCUUGCUGUCUCUGGUGCGCCAUCUCGGGCAGACCUCGGCUCAGCGUCGUUAACCUUGUCGACAGCGGUGACGAUCAUGUCAGUUGUGACUGAAACGGUCCAUCCGACGUUGAUCGUCACUGAGGUGACCACAGCUGGGAGUUCGCAGUUGGAGACGUCUCGGACAAGCGCGGGGCAACCGCAGAGUGAAACGAGCUCUAGCCUAACAGUGCAAUCAGGUGCCGUCCAAACAGACGCAAGUGAAACGGAUCAAACGCAGACUGUACAAAUGGCCCUGUCAACAAGCUCAACCAUCCCGCAGCUGACCGUGCUGGUGCCUGAAAGUACCACUACUGCAAUGACCACAGCAACAUGGUCAACCGAUGACCCAGCGUCCUUCUCUGCGGCUGCGGCGCAAAGUUCAGUAUAUCUGCCUCCCGUGGUAGGACACUCGAACGCAGAUGCACAGACCAGUUCUUCAGAGCUGCUGCCAGUGUCCUCCUCCUUCACGACAUCUGUACAGUCCAGCACUGCGUCCUCCCCACUGGCAAGUGCUACGGCCAGUACGGCCAGUACAGUGCUUGAUGUGACAACCACCAUUCCCACAACCACCAGCACCCAACUGAGCUCCAGCACAUUAAUCACCUCAAGCUUUGUCCCGAUCGUCUCUUCUUCCGCCAAAAGCCAAUCUUUAAUCUCCUCACCCUCACCUUCACCUUCCUCCUCACCAGUCGGAGCUAUCAUCUCAAGCUCAGAUUCAACCACUGCCCAAACCAGCGAAAGCCAAUACACCUCCCAUGUGGGCGCUAUCGUUGGUGGUUCCGUUGGUGGUGCUGUGUUUGUCGCCCUGGCCCUACUAGCCUGCAUGCUGUGCCUCCGCCGCAGACGACAAAAGGCCCCCAUCAAACCCCUGGGCAGCCCGAGAAGAGGCCUGCUACGCAACAGCAGUGACUCCCUAACCACAUUCCGUGGUCCCCAAGGCUGGCACGGCCAGCAGGAUAGCCAGUCCUCCUACCCGAUGGGCCCCAUGUUUUCGCCCCGGGGUAACACCAUCUCUUUGGCCCCCGCCCCCAACCCGGCGCUGGCGGCCUCUUACCAAGGACCGCCCCCCGUCACCAUGUUUGUGCACCGGGAUUCUGGACAAAAUCCCUUCUCCGACCCAGAGCAUAGUCCCGUGUCGCCAAUAAUCAACGUGCACCCUCCUUCCCGCACGGCGUCCACCUACUCCCAAUCAUCAUGUGAGGGUGGCCUGGGGUACCUCGAAAAAUACGACUAUGAAUCGCCCACCCGCAGCUCUCGCUAUGAGAGUAUCUACUACCCCGAUGACAACGUCGCCACACCAAUUCUCCCUGAGGACGAUAAGCUCGCCCCGCUGGAGACUUGCAAGACGCGCCUCAGUACACGCAGCGAUCCGUUUGAUCUCGAAAUUCCACGAAAAGUCCUGCAUGAAUGGCCUCUGCCACCACGACCAACUCCGUGGGGCGAUAACUUCUGA